CCUAAGUCCAUGUGCAUACGUUUUCUGAUUACAACGAUCCACAUAGUAACUGUUCAAAACAUCUUAAUUCCGAGUAAAUAAUUAAAGAGAAUACAUACGGUGCUCGGCUCAUUGGAUCGAUCUAGAGAAAGUAGAAUGAGGAGAUCGCCGGCGGCGGCGGCGGUGGCGAAGCAGGAGGACACGGUGUGUGUAAACAUCGGGAGGAUACUGGAGCAGCUGAGCCGGCCGGCGAGGCUGGACGGCUACUCCAUCUACCGCGUCCCAGCGAACGUCCGGAGCAGCACCGACAACAAGAAGCACUACGAGCCGAGGCUGGUCUCCGUCGGCCCGUACCACCGGAACAAGGAGCACCUCCGCGCCAUGGAGGACCGCAAGCGCCUGUACCUCCUCCGGUUCCUCGACGACGGCGGCCGCCGCCACGGCCUGCUGCAGGACUGCGCCGCCAGGCUGCGUGAGCUCCAGGCGCGGGCGCGCGCGUGCUACUUCGAGAGCCCCGACGGCGACGGCGACGAGUUCGUCGAGAUGCUCCUCCUCGACGGCUGCUUCGUGCUGCAGCUGUUCAUCCAGUGGUUCUCCGGCGGCACGGACCCCGUCUUCGCCGUCGCAUGGAACCUACCGCUGCUGCACACCGACCUGCUCAUGCUCGAGAACCAGAUCCCCUACUUCGUCCUCCUCGCGCUCUACGACGCCUACUCGCUGCAUGACCCGGACAGCCCGCCGCCGGCGCGCCCCAAGCCGUCGCUGACGAGCAUCAUCACCGCCUACUUCAGCGAGAAGGUAGGGCUACAGCCGGCGGCGACGGCGAGCGCGCAGCAGGAGGACGCCAUCGACCACCUGCUCCAUCUGUACCACUGCACCUUCGUCAAGCCACCCGACCACCCGCCGGCGCGGCGCCACCGGCACUGCCACUGCCACGGCGGCCGCGGCACGUUGCCGCCGCCGCCGACGCCGAGGACGAUCCGCUGCGCCAAGGAGCUGGCCAUGCACGGUGUGAAGUUCGCGCGCAAGACGAGGACGAACAACGUCCUCGACGUCACGUUCGGCGGCGGCGUGCUGGAGAUCCCGCGCGUCGCCAUCGAGGACUCCACCUGCACCCGCUACAUGAACCUGGUCGCCUUCGAGCAGUGCCGCGGCGGCGGCGACGCGGCGGCGGCGGCGCAGAGGCACCUGACAAGCUACGUGGUGCUGAUGGACUACCUGAUCAACACGGCGGAGGACGUGGUGAUCCUGGACCGCGCCGACGUGAUGGAGAACAAGCUGGCGAACGAGGAGGCGGCGGCCAUGUUCUUCAACCAGCUCCGCGUCUGCUCCUACAUCAACUACGACGACCACUACCUCGCGCCGGUGUACCGCGACGUCGACGCCUUCUGCCGCCGGAAGUGGCCCAAGUACAAGGCCAAAUUCCGGCGGGACUACCUCAACAGCCCGUGGGCGAUCGUCGGCCUCUGCUUCGCCACCACCUUCGCCGUCAUCACCUUGUUCAACACCAUCGUCACCAUAUUGAGGACGUUUUUCCAUGUCUUGCAUUGAUCUUCGAAAUCGAUCUGAUCUACGUAUGCAUAUCUAUUUACUACCCUCUCUGUUUAUGAUGUUUUGAUUUUUAGACUCAACGUUUGGUAAUUAGUUUUGUUGAACAAAUUGGUGCAAAUAUUAAAAAUAGAGAA